GCGGCAGGUUGGUCCUGGAGCAGAUAAGCUCAGAAUAUUUAGGCGAAAGCGAGAGGAGAGGGGGGAGCGCGGGGCAGGAGGAGUACCUCGGCCAAGAAAAUUAUGCAUGCGUUAGGGAAGCUCUGAGAGAAUGGCUGUGGAAGCUCUUCACUGUGGUUUGAAUCCACGGGGCAUUGAUCCCCCUGCCCAUGCAGAAGGUAUUAAACUGCAAAUUGAAGGUGAAGGUGUGGAAUCUCAAUCCAUUAAAAACAAAAAUUUCCAGAAGGUGCCUGACCAGAAAGGAACCCCCAAGCGACUGCAGGCAGAAUCUGAGACGGCUAAGUCAGCUACAGUGAAGCUGUCUAAACCGGUGGCUCUAUGGACCCAGCAGGAUGUCUGCAAGUGGUUGAAGAAACAUUGUCCGAAUCAGUAUCAGAUCUACAGUGAGUCAUUCAAACAGCAUGACAUAACUGGGCGAGCCCUGCUGAGACUUACUGACAAAAAGCUUGAGCGAAUGGGGAUUGCCCAGGAGAACCUCCGGCAGCACAUCUUACAACAGGUGCUCCAGCUGAAGGUGCGAGAAGAAGUCAGAAAUCUACAGUUACUCACACAAGAUUCAGACUGGAACUAUACUAUCGGCUCUCCUGGCUCUCCAGUUUGCAGAUCUUGGGACUUCUCCACCUUCAUAACUGACAUCAGCCGAGGGUUCUCCAUAAACACGGUUAGCCUUCCAAGCUGCUCUCCUGCCAGUUGAUAUGAACAUGGCCUGUUCCUCAUGGAAAGACUAACCCAUGGCACUGCCAGAAGAUAUCCUUGGAGCAUGGACAGAUUAACUGGAUUAACUGGAAAAAAAAAAACUACCCAUUCAGUCAAGAUUAUGGGCUUUGGAAAAAUCUUACUUUGCUGUGGAUUUAAAAUGAGGUGCAUAAUAUAGUGCCAACUCGUUCCAAGUGGUCAUGGGCAGACCAUUAGCUGGGAAAUUGCUUCCAGUUUUCAUCACUGUGCAUAACUCAAGUUCCCUUUGGGGAGCUGUCUGUGCCCUUCACUAGAAGUCCUGUUUUAGCAUGGCAACUACUGGAUUAUUUUAUUAUGUGUGCAGAUGGCAUGAUGUUUUAGAAAAAAAAAAAAUUACAGCAGUUCUGCAAUCUCAGUGGAAGUGUUCACAAUAUUAUGCCCUGGUAGGAAUGUAAACAUGUCUCGAUUAUGUUAGUUAUGAUGUCUAAAGGUAUUCCGUCCAACUCUUAAGCACUUUAUAUGAGAACACUACACCAAGAUGAAUCAGCACGUUCAGCACAUGUGAGAAAUCAAGUAUUUUUAUUUUUAUAAAUCUUGGUGGGUUUUUUUUUUUCUGGCUCAGACUGUCCAAGACAAACUCCACUACUAGCAUAACCCCAGUUGUUUGUGGUAGGUUGAUGUAAAUAUGGCCACAAUACUGUUAGACUUCACCUCCAGAUACUUUACUGAACAACUGGUUUACUUGUAGCGCCAAAGGGAAGCAGUAGGGGGUCUAGUGAUUGUGAUAUCUUAGCUUGCUUCUUUGUUCGCAGGCACAAUUGACCACAUGCACAUACAGGCACUCAAAUACAGGAGGCUUCUAUUUGGCUAAUGUAGAUAUUCCCUUAUUCUGUAGAAGAGUUCCUCCAAAGGAAAAAAGGGGAUGGUAUUCUUUUAAUCAAAGACCAUGGUAGAUGGAUGGUAAGGGCAACAGAAUGCAAUUCUUUUGUGUGGUCUGACUUUAAUACUUCAGAAAAAAAUCCUAAGUCAGGUUGAAAUUGCCAUUCUUUCAAGAGAGAAACAUCAAGUGACCCUACUAUGUGCCUAGAGAAGGAAAAGUGUCAAGUUCUAUACUAAGUUCCCUUACUUAGUGUAGAACCUACCAGUCCCUUGUUAAUCCUUUCUGGGAUUAUACCUGUGACUAAUUGUUUUUUGGUUUUUGGUUUUUUUUUUUAAUUAUGUCUUACAACAAAGCACAGUCCUGGGAAACCAGUGAACUUAAUUAUUGCUUGUCUUUGAGUAUUAGAGACAUGUUCAUAUUGACUUGCUACAUAACAGUGUAGCAUGUUUUUUCCUGAAAAUAUCAAGUUGACUGAAUGGAAAGCUCAGCAAAGUAUGUGCUGUGUGCCCACUGUCCCAGCCUGGGGCUGACGGGCAUCAGAGUCUUUGCUUUAAAAUAUAGUGUAACCACUUCUGGAAGACUUCCAACGCAAGCAAGCUUGGUGUUUUAGGGUGUCUCCAGAUACAUAAGCAUUGUCUGCCUCCACUCAGGGUCUCAGGAAAUACACAGCCCAUUGGAAACCACCCCUGCCUGAAAUUUGGAAACCUGACAGGGAAAGGGAGGAAGGUCCAAAUGAGUCAGCAGCAGGAUGACUCACCACAAGCCUGGCAGGCUUCAGAGCCAGAGAAGUGGGCUUCCGACAAGGAACUCAGAGAAGUUUCAGUCGCCACCAAAAUCUGGCCCUUCGACAGAUCAGCACCAGGACUGCCAGACCCUCUGCAGACCAUAAUUCUCCUCACAUCUAUAAUUAGGAGACCAAACUCCGGCUGCCAACACCCUUGGACACAAUAUUCCAGUCUCCACUGCCCAUCUCAUGUGGUUCAGUUCUAAUAGCAGGUCUUCUUCUUCCUUUCAUUCCUUCCUUUAUUCAGCAAGCAUUUGUUGAGCAUCUACUGUGUGCCAAGCAUUGUGCUUGGGCAACAACAGUCCACAAAGCAGACUCCCCACCUGCCCUUAGGAAACUGUAUCUCCUCCUCCCAAACAUUAUCACCACCCCCACCUUUUCCACAGUGAAAACUUAAUUCAGACAGCAUUCUCCAUUCUGCCAGAGUAACCUAGGAAGAAGAACAUGGCAGCAGACGGAUCCUCAGGGAGCAGACAGCAGAGUGAGAGAUAGUAAACCGCAUCAGACCACGUAUUUGCACCUUUCAGUUACAGCCAACUCUUUGAGGGCCCAGACUGAGCUGGUUGGAGCUCCCCAAAGCAGCAUUCAAUUGCUUUUCCUUGCUAUCCACCCUGGCCACCUAUGUUCCCUUUCUUUAUACGAGCACAACCAUUCACCUCUACACUGGAUUAUCUAACACUCCAGUUCUAUAACUAAUCCAGGGGACACACAGUUGAGUCUGAUGAAGCCUAAGAACAAUAUGCUGAGAUAUUGUAACUGGGAAUUAAGAUUUAGCCAAGGACAUCAUGAGGCUACUGCUGACUCUCUUGGAAAACUGGACAUGCUUUGUAGUGCAGAUGUUCACUAAAUGAUGGUGGUUCAUUGUUACUUACUUUGACCUUUGCAAAAUAUUCUGAACAAUUCAAUAAGUAGAGUUUCCUAGUUUGUUUGUUUUGUUAAGUCAAAGGAGUGCUGUAAAAUUAUUGAAAGAUGAUGGGUGAAGAGGGACCUAGGAGAAGGCAAAAUGAAGACCAUUAAAGAGCCCCAUUGAAGACUGUAUCUCUAAAAAUGCCUUAAUGCCUGGCACAUACUCCAUGUUUGCAUAUGAACUACUACUCUUUUCCAAACUGUCAACCUCUGUUUGAAAUUAUUUGGGGGGAUAGUUUUGGAAGCAUGGUGGCAUAAAAUCCGAGCAGUCAAGAGCUAAACCAGCAAAAAAGAGGAAUGACUUCAUUCGCAGGCUUUCGCUUCUUUAUUACUUGGUGGUCCUUUGUGAUCUCCCAUGGUUACCUUCAACUGUGCUGUACUUUCUUCCCAAGAUGCAUGUAUGGAAUGUUACCUCCUAGAAAUCCAGAAAUGGCUGUGGUGAGUUUUGUUUAGUAGGAAGCAAGAGGUGGGGAAGUAAAGGAUACACAUUUUUAUGUCUAAGGACUAUAAGCGGUUGAUGCUUGACUUUUCCUUUUACCUACACCUGUGCUACACCUUUAUUAAAAGGCUGACACCCAGACUUGUGCAGGAAAGGCACUCUUGGGAAUGAACAGAAAUGAAUAAUUAUGAGACUUUCUUUCCAUGGUGCCAAGGGAAUUCGCUUAUUUCCACUCCAGAAUUGAAUAUGCAGAGCAUUGCCAGUCCUGCUAGUGUGAAAAGCAAAUCACUUCAAUAGUUUGAGACGUACCUAGGGGAAGAGAGAUCCUAUCAACUUUCUCUGUGGGUAGUGGCGUACCUUCAAAUCCCUGCUCAGGCUCUGUGAGGUGUGCACCCGCAGAUUUCACUUCUACCUCCGGAAUCCUGACAAACAAGCCAGGAAUCUCUCCAGAGUCACUUUGUAGUUGCUCAGAUAGAGGCUAACCAUCCUUAGUCCUGAGGAAAUUCUGCCAUUUUUAACAUUCAAGGAGAAAAGGAGUAUCAGCUGUACCUGAGAGUAUCAACUAAGGAUAAAAACCUCUAAUGGAUCCCCCUUGUUACUUGCAAAAGCUUUCUUUGUCUGCAAAUGUCACAUAAUUGAUUUUAGAUAGGAACAACAAAAGUCUCACGGAAGUGAAGUUUUUAGGACCCCCCCCCCCCCCCCCCCGCUUAGCACUUUACUUUCGCCAAAACCUCCUCUUUCCAGUACAUUAGCAGUUUUGUUCUUUGUGAUGUUUUCCUCUACAUUCUUUAGAAUAAUUUUGUUACUUGACAACUAGACUUGUCAAUCGCCUUAGACUCUUUUUAAAAAUCUAAUCUUUUGAAAAUGACACAAAUUCCUUUAUUGCUUUAAGGCUGUUUUUAUUCACCCCUCCCACAGCCCCCUCCACUGCACUUUUUUGUUUUUGGUUUUUUUUUUUUUUUUUUUUCUGUCAUCUCUCUUUCUUUUAACAUGAUGCUGUGGGUUGAUUUCAAGAAUUCUAUAAAGAACUCAA